GCCGCGGCCCGCGCUGGAGGCUGAGCGCCGCGGCCGCCGAGCGCGCCGGCGCCGGGCCAUGUACUCGGGGAACCGUAGCGGCGGCCAGGGCCACUGGGAGGGCGGCGGGGCCGCGGGCGCCGAGGGGCCGGGACCGGCGGGGACGCUCAGCCCCGCGCCGCUGUUCAGCCCGGGCACCUAUGAGCGCCUGGCGCUGCUCCUUGGCUCUAUCGGGCUGCUGGGCGUCGGCAACAACCUGCUGGUGCUGGUCCUCUACUACAAGUUCCAGCGGCUCCGCACUCCCACCCACCUCUUGCUGGUCAACAUCAGCCUCAGCGACCUGCUGGUGUCCCUCUUCGGGGUCACCUUUACCUUCGUGUCCUGCCUGAGGAACGGCUGGGUCUGGGACACCGUGGGCUGCGUGUGGGACGGGUUUAGCAGCAGCCUUUUCGGGACUGUUUCCAUUACCACCCUAACUGUGCUGGCCUAUGAACGUUAUAUUCGCGUGGUCCAUGCCAGAGUGAUCAAUUUUUCCUGGGCCUGGAGGGCCAUUACCUACAUCUGGCUGUACUCACUGGCAUGGUCUGGAGCACCUCUGCUGGGCUGGAACAGGUACAUCCUGGAUGUACACGGACUAGGCUGCUCUGUGGACUGGAAAUCCAAGGACGCCAAUGACUCCUCCUUUGUGCUUUUCUUAUUUCUUGGCUGCCUGGUGGUGCCUGUGGGCGUCAUAGUCCAUUGCUAUGGCCAUAUUCUGUAUUCCGUUCGCAUGCUUCGUUGUGUUGAAGAUCUUCAGACAAUUCAAGUGAUUAAGAUUUUAAGAUAUGAAAAGAAAGUGGCCAAAAUGUGCUUUUUAAUGAUAUCUACCUUCCUGAUCUUUUGGAUGCCUUAUAUCGUGAUCUGUUUCUUGGUGGUUAAUGGUUAUGGACACCUGGUCACUCCAACAGUCUCAAUUGUUUCAUAUCUCUUUGCUAAAUCAAGUACUGUAUAUAAUCCAGUUAUUUAUAUCUUCAUGAUAAGAAAGUUUCGAAGAUCCCUUCUGCAACUGCUAUGUUUCCGACUGCUGAGAUGCCACAGGCCUGCUAAGGACCUACCAACCAAUGGGAGUGAAAUGCAGAUCAGACCCAUUGUGAUGUCACAAAAAGAUGGGGACAGGCCAAAGAAAAAAGUGACUUUUAAUUCUUCUUCCAUCAUUUUUAUCAUCACCAGUGAUGAAUCACUGUCAGUUGAAGACAGUGACAAAACCAGUGUGUCAAAAGUUGAUGUAAUCCAAGUCCGUCCUUUAUAGGAAGGAAUAGUGGUAAUGAAAGACAAGGCCUUGUAUUGACAACUACUUUUAGGCUUCCAUUAUAAGGACUGUUUUGGAAUCCUCAUUCUAUGUUAAUAUUGUUGGAGAGGAAAAAUUUUCCUCUGCCCUACAAGAUUCUUCUGGCUGGUCUAGGAAUUAAAUUAACAUCAGACAGAUUAACAGGAGAAAAAAAAAGUUUAAUUCUGUGUGCAAGGAGGCCAAGUAAUAAAAUUGAGACCCAAAGAAAUGAGCAAGGCAUGCAGCUUUCAUACGUUUUAGACAAAGAAACAUAAAUCUAUAAGGAAUUGUCAGGACAAAGAAAUUUAUGUUUGGGAGCUUCAGUUAGUAGAGUUCUAAACAGAAUUUGGGCUGGGGUAGUAAUUUAGUAAAAGUAACAAGGUUUGCUUAUGUAGACUUCUUCAGCCCUGAAUUCUCUGUCUCUGAUGAUACAGAUGUCCCUCUGACCUUCUGGUGCAGGGAGGUAUCUUUCGCGUGAGAGAUUUCCUGCUUUCAGGGGAACAAAGGAAGGUCAGAGCAUCUUUUAUACACUUGCUGUUUCUUAAUAACUUGAAUUCAAAGUAAUCAUUAUGCGAUGGUGGCAUAUUUUGGGGCAGCCUACCCUAGGGCCCCGCAAUAUCAACAGAACUUUUGUGGCCCAGCAGGAAGUAUGAAUUGCCCAUAUGCUUUCUGGCCACUGGAAACAACUGAGCAAGACAAAUUGUUUUAAUUCAAUGGGUGCUUUCCACAAUGAAAAACCACUUAUGGCACAAGAUGGGCAUCUGGCACCAUCAACUUCUAACAUGUUGGAAAUUUUCAUUUUGAAUAUAUUUUUUUAAAUGACACUAUUUUCCAAGGCACAUAGAUGUUUUUCUCAAAAAUACUUAGCUGUAUUUACAGCUCAAAAAUAGCUGUAAAAAUAACUUUGUAUCAUACACAUGUGAAAUCACUAGGAAAUCUCGAAUCUUCUGUAGUGUUGGAUCCUAAUCACUGUCACAUCCUAUGUUUGACCAAAUUUAUCAGAGUCAAUUCUAGGGUGACAAAGAAAUUCAGUGCCCUGGCUUCCUCCAAAACAAAAGACUUGCCAUAUAUGCAGUAUGAUAAAGAUGAGUUUCAGAUGAAUAUGCUGCUAAGCAAGCUCUAGAAGGGUUAUUAAAAAGCACACAGCAAAGAUGGUGAAUUUCAAGCUAAUCAUAGCAUCUAAGAAAUCAUACAUUAUCAGAGGGUGUACAUGAAGAAGGAUGUGUUGAUGGCAGAUAGGUAUCUCCAUCUGUUUCAUUUCAAACGUAACUUGGCCAGAUUAUCCUUUUUAACAACUUGCCACAAUUUUGCCAAGAGUUUUGGGUUUAGAAAAGAAGUUCCAAGCAAAAAAAUGAAACCUAAUUUGAAGGGGGUGAAAGUAAGUGUAAAACAGUACUCAUAAAGUGUAUUAUUUAAUCUCUUUUGCUCUUCAAUCAGUCUACUGGACAAUCAAUGCUCAGUGUUAGUAAAGAGGCCAUUUCCCCAUAAGUCAUUGUUUAGACUUAACAUGGAUUAUUAGAACUCAAAGAUUUCUUUGACAAUGUAAAACAGAAACUGAAUCAUUUUAUUGUAUUGCCUAGUUUUUAUUUCUUAGAUGACUAUCCCACUUAGCGGAGCAUCUACAUAAAUAAUCAUGUUUGAAAGACUUCUAAGUAAUUCAGUUGGCCUAUUGAAGAAGGAAGACCAAAGAAAAUGUUUUCACUAAAUGAAAUUUUCAAAAUCAAGUUUAUUGCUGGUUCUGCCAUAGCAAGUUAGUAAACUGCUUCUGGGAGUCUUAAAUGGAAUAAUUUCUAUGAAAACUGUCUUCCCUUAUUUCCUUUCCACUCUGUUGUAUAUAUUAUUUAAUUUGUAAAUAAAACUCUUCUUAGUCUUCACUUAGUAUGGCAUUAAUGGCCCUUUUUUAAUCUUCAAAAGGUAAUACUGGCCUUUGAAGACUGUGAAGUAAAAUUUGUUCAUUUUGUAACUCUCUAGAGUGCCCCAAAUUCCUCAUUUACAUUUCUAGUUUUAGUACGUGAAUCUGAGUUCUGUGUUGGAGAAGUUCCAUCCAGGGGAUCAAAAGUGAACUUAACAUGUUUGCCAAAUUGUAAUUUUUAGUCCUAGGUGUUGAGUCAAUCUUAUGAUGACCUUCUUUAUGUCCUUUAAAGAAAGGAUGUGGUCUGUCUUCCUCAAGGCCUCUGGUGUUUUACUUUUGGAGAAGUGAAAGAGAUCUUAGUCAUUGCAUUUUUAUAUUUAGAAUGACCACACCUAUGUGUAGUGUUGUAGGAAAACUGCCUUUUGCAACUUUGGUGGUUUGGGGUUGUUUUUUUUUUCUUUUUUUUUUUUCAAUAAUUUCAAUGAACACAGAGAAAUCCUAUACUGAAUUUCAUUGUAAGCUGGCAUAUAUCUUGCACUAGUGAAUUAAAUAUGAUGAUAGAAACAUGGUUUUUAUCCUUAGUUUUGGUUAUAAAGAAAUUAAACUAUUUGCUACUUCAGAACCUUUUAUGUCACCUGCUAAUGACAUUGGGAAUUUCUUUUAGUGACUCCAUGGAGUUUGCAGGAAAACAGGUCCUGUUUUCUGGAAGUAAGUGAGCCAGUCCCAUGGUCUUCUGACAUAGUGCAGGGGUCUCAAUGACAUGGAGCACAUAAGUAGGUAGGUGCUACCGAUGGCUAUCAGUGUUCCAAAGAAAAAGAGUCCUUUAUUUAUCACCUGUAAAAACAGCAAGAAGUCUCAUUUCAUUUGUCCAGAGAUUAAAAUCUUAAAAGACUUCCUUCUUAAACAACCAAGGAGUAUACAAUUUCUUCUUUAUUCUUUAACCUGAAACAGCAAUUUAAUUGAAUGACCACUAGGUCAAGGCCUACAAUGACCAGUAAGGUCUAGAAUUUGGAGCUUUCCUCCUAUCUCUGUCCUUUCUCCAUUCCCAGAAAUAACUGAGUCCAUGUGUUCUGUAUAGAGUUCUUUGCAGUCUCCCUG